AUGCGUCUGCUCAAUACAUCUUCGCUGCUACUGGCAGUGCUCAUGUGGGUAGGAGUGAGCGCCUACUGGCUCGGUGAUCUUCCAAAUCAGGGUGUUGCCCCAUUUGCUGGGGCAGGCUACACUGUCCGAAGAAAUGUUCGCGAUUAUGGAGCUCGAGGUGAUGGAGUUACGGAUGACACCGCUGCAAUUAACGCAGCCCUCCAAGCUGGGAACAGGUGCAAUCGAGGAUGUGCUUCCACAACGACCACACCGGCACUCGUCUACUUCCCGGCAGGCACUUACUUGAUCUCCACAUCACUUUUGCCUCCUUACUUCACCAUGAUGAUUGGCGAUGCCUCCAACCCUCCUACGCUGAAGGCAACUUCGAACUUCCAAGGGUUUGGGCUCAUCGAUGCAAACCCAUACUAUACCGGAGACUUGAACUGGAUAUCAGUCAACAACUUCUACAAGCAAAUCCGUAACUUUGUGAUCGACACGACAAACAUCCCACCCCAGACUGCAGCUACUGGAAUUCACUGGCCUACCUCACAAGCAACUAGCAUGCAGAACAUUGAAUUCCGCAUGCCAACAACCCCUGGUGUUGUCCACGUAGGACUCUUUAUCGAGUCCGGUUCUGGCGGUUUCUUGAGUGACUUGACCUUCAUUGGAGGUGCUACAGGUGCCAGCAUGGGCAACCAGCAGUACACCAUGAGGAAUCUGAUUUUCAGGAACUGCGAUAUUGCAAUCAUUCACCUUUGGAACUGGGGCUGGACCUAUUUUGGGCUACAAAUAGAGAAUGCAAGGAUCGGCAUUGACAUGUCUUCAUUGUCGAACACCAGCUCUCAAAACGUUGGGUCUUUGACUCUAAUCGACAGCACCAUGACAAACGUUGCGACUGGGAUCAAAACCGCAUUUUCUGCAGACUCUCAACCACGAACAGCUGGCAGCGUAAUCCUCGAGAAUGUCCAGCUCAACAACGUGCCGGUCGCCGUCACUGCCGCUCAGGGUACCGUUCUCACUGGCUCAAGCGGGUCGACCACGAUCACCGGAUGGGGCCAAGGCCACCGCUAUGUUCCCAAUGGACCUGACAGAUGGCAGGGUGCCAUCACCCCAGUCCCUCGGCCGGCUUCAAUGCUUUCCGGAUCUAGAUGGUACACCAAGGCGAAGCCCCAGUACGAGACUCUCCCGGCAUCGUCGUUCAUCACCGCCCGCUCGGUUGGUGCCAGAGGUGACGGGAGUACCGACGACACCAAUGCUCUGCAGAAUGCCAUCAACACCGCUCAGCAGCAGGGCCGUAUUCUGUGGAUCGAUCAUGGAAUUUACCGGGUGACUGGCACCAUCACAAUCCCAGCCGGCUCAAAGAUUGUUGGUGAGAGUUUCCCUGUGAUUAUGAGCUCGGGAUCGUUCUUCGCCGACAUGAACAACCCGCGACCUGUGGUUCGCAUCGGUGCAACGAGCGGAACCGUGGGGCGUGUUGAGCUUUCCGACUUUAUGGUGUCCACGCAGGGCGCCCAGGCUGGAGCCACUCUGAUCGAAUGGAACUUGGCCUCGACCGGAGAGCCCAGUGGCAUGUGGGAUGUGCACACUCGCGUUGGCGGCUUCACUGGUAGCAACCUCCAGGUCGCCCAAUGCCUCAAGACGCCAAGCUCGUCGGCCGUCAACCCCAACUGUAUCGCGGCUUACAUGGGCAUGCAUGUUACCAAGGGCGCCAGUGGCUUAUACAUGGAGAAUGUCUGGAUUUGGACUGCCGACCACGACAUCGACGACCAAAAUCUCACACAGACCACCAUCUAUGCCGGUCGUGGUUUGCUCAUUGAGAGCACCGCAGGAAACAUCUGGCUGAUGGGUACAGCUUCCGAACACUUUGUGCUCUACCAGUACCAGUUCUUAAACACCCAGAACAUCGUAGGCGCACAGUUCCAGACCGAGACUCCAUACUACCAGCCGAUGCCCCAGGCCACGACCCCCUUCCCACCGGUGUCUGCAAUCAGUGACCCCGACUUUGCCGUCUCGUGCCGCGGCAUCGCCGGAAACUGCGCCAACGCUUGGGGUGUUCGUUACAUCGGCUCUCGGGACAUUGCCGUCUACGGGUCCGGGCAGUAUUCGUUCUUCAACAAUUACAGCACAACAUGCUCCACUGUCGCGGCCGGCGAGGACUGUCAGUCGAGGAUCGUGGAAUUGCAGGGCUCGCUGUCUAACAUCAACAUUUACAACCUCAACACCAUUGGCUCUUUGAGUAUGAUUGACAGGGAUGGGACUUCAUUGGCUAGGUGGUCGGACAACAUCAACGUCUUCCCGCAGACGAUUGCAAUGUUUAAAGCCAAUUGA